CUAAAUUUGUGUGAGCCCUGGAAAGUGGACUGUGGAGGCGAAACCACAAGUGUCAAGGCCCCUUGUCUGUGGUUACACCGGGGCCUGUACCGUGGGGAAUCGUGUGGUGUAGUCUUGGGUGCGGAGGACACGGCCAGGUGUCGCGGGGACGCAAAAACUCCCUGGAGCCGGUGUCUCGGCGCAGGGCAGCCUGGGAAAGUCAGCAGCGCAGUGGCGGCCCUGGACCUCCCAGGGAAGCAAGCCAUCUAUCUAUUCAUUGUUCCUGAAAGAGAAACUCAAAGAAGAGAAACAAUAAGAAAUGGCUAAUUCUACAGCAAACAUGCCACAGGGUCUGUUGACUUUCGGGGAUGUAGCUGUGGACUUCCCACAGGAGGAGUGGGAAUGCCUGGACUCUGCUCAGAGGGCUUUGUACAUUGAUGUGAUGUUGGAGAAUUACAGCAACCUGGUCUCAGUGGAGAACUAUUGCAAAUGUGAUCCUGCCCAUCAACAUAUAAAUAAUAAAAAAGAGUUUUCUCGGUGUAAUCAGCCUGACAAAAUGCUCCAUGACCCCUCCAAAGGUGCAGUUUCUAGAACAAGUGAACCUGCAGAAAGCUCUAAAAAUGGCACCUGCAGUAAUCACAGGGAUGCCUCUGUUGACUCAUCAAACCUAAACAGACAUGAAAGCAUGCACACUGGAGAAGAACCUUGCAAAUCUAAAGACUGUGAGAAAUUUUUAAAUUUGAGUUCCGACAUUAUUCAAGAUCAGAGUCUCCACACUGCAAAGAAAGACAACAGGCAGGAAGAAUAUGAUGAUUAUUUCAGCUCUGCCUACAGUCUUUUGCAACAACCAAUCUUCAUCGGAGAUACACCACACCAGUGUGAGAAAUGUGGGAAAUGCUUCAGUACUGCCUCAAGCCUCACUGUACAUCAGAGAAUUCAUACUGGAAAAAAACCCUAUAAGUGCCACUUUUGUGGCAAAUCAUUUAACCAGUGUGCAAAUCUAAAAACACAUCAAAGACUUCAUACUGGGGAGAAACCUUAUAAAUGCAAAGAAUGUGGAAAGUCAUUUCCUCAGUUGUCAGCACUUAAAAGCCAUCAGAAAAUGCAUACUGGAGAGAAGCCUUACAAAUGUAAGGAAUGUGACAAAUCCUUUGCCCACUGUUCCAGUUUCAGGAGACAUCAGAAAAUCCAUGCUGCUGAUCAACAUUAUACUUGUCAAGAAUGUGACAAGGUCUUUCAUCAGCUUUCACAUCUUAAAAACCAUUACAGACUCCACACUGGAGAGAAGCCUUACAAAUGCAAUGACUGUGACAGAUCCUUUACCCACUAUUCAUCAUUUAGAAGACAUGAGAAAACUCAUUCUCUAGAGAAAUUUAAUGAAUGCAAAGAAUGUGGUAAGUCCUUCCUUGAAUUAUCACAUCUUAAAAGACAUUACAGAACUCAUACUGGUGAGAAGCCUUACAAAUGUGAGAUAUGUAACAAAUCCUUUACUGUGAAUUCGACCCUUAGAACACAUCAGAAAAUUCAUACAGGAGAAAAACCUUACAAAUGUAGGGAAUGUGACAAAUCCUUUAUCAAGUACUCACAUCUUACAAGACAUCAGAGUGUUCACACUGGAGAGAAACCUUACAGAUGUAAGGAAUGUGACAGAUCUUUUACUGAGUUCUCAACUCUUAGAGAGCAUCAAAAAAUUCAUACUGGAGAGAAACCCUACAAAUGUGGAGAAUGUGACAAAUCCUUCAUCCAGCGUUCAAAUCUUAGAAUACAUCAGAGAGUUCACACUGGAGAGAGACCUUACAUAUGUAAGGACUGUGGAAAAUCUUUUACUAAGUGCUCAACUCUUCAAGCACAUCAAAAAAUUCAUACUGGAGAGAAACCUUACAAGUGUAUGAAAUGUAACAAAUCCUUUACCCAGGAUUCACAUCUUAGAACACAUCACAGAGUUCAUACUGGAGAGAGACCUUACAGUUGUAAAGAGUGUGGCAAAUCUUUUACUAGGCGCUCAUAUGUUAAAGCACAUAUGAAAAUUCAUACUGGAGAGAAACCACACAAAUGCAAAGACUGUGACUUUUCUUUUAUUCAGAUGUCGAAUCUUAAAAGACAUCAAAAAAUUCAUGCUGGAGAGAAACAUAUUGUUGUAAAUAAUAAGACAUAGCAUUUUCUGGUACUCUGCUUACAAAUCACACUAUACAAAAUAGAGACAUAAAGAUAAGAAACAUUUGGAAGCCUUUAAUGAAGGUUUAAAUUUUAAAAAAUACCUUAGAGUUUAUGUUAAAUUAAAAUUAUGCAAAAGAAACUAUGAGAAAAGUUUUUAUUUUUGUGUGUAUGCUUGCUUUGUUGCAAGUAUGUCUGUGAACUAAAUAUAUGCCUGAUGCAAGCAGAGGAGUCAUCAGAUGUCCUGAAGCUGGAAUUAACGACCAUUGUGAGCUGCUGUGGAUGUUUAGGGAACCGAACACUGGUCUUUAAGAAAAUCAGUACUCUUACCCAAUAAGCCAUUUCUUCAGAACCAAGUAAAAAAUGUAAUAAAAACUUGUAUCUUGUUCAACAUCCAAAAAUUCAUAAUAUUGCCAGGCAAGGUGGUAUACCCUUUUAAUCCCAGCACUCAGGAAGCAUAAGCAAGAUCUCUGUUAGUUGGAGGACAUUAUCACCACAUACAUAUUGAGUUCCAGAACAGCCAAGACUACAUAAACCCUGUCUCAAAACAAAAAAUAAAAAGUCAUAUAAAGUAACAAAAUAUAUGACAAAAACCUUUAGUUUUUUUUUUCCUUAAUUGUUCUGUACAUGACAAAAUUCAUAAUUCUGAGAAACCAUAUAAAGGUAUCCCAUGUAUAAUCCUCAUGUCUUGCUGUUCAUUGGAAAUUGCACUCCUCAAAUGCAUUGAUUUUUACAAAUUCUUUACAUCUUGCUGAAACUGCAGAGAUAAAAGAAAAUUCAUCAUGAAAGAAAAUGCUCUGAUAAGUUCUUAUCUUUUAUUCACCCUCAGAAUAUUCAUACUAGAGUCAAACUAUACAGAUAGCAAGAAGGUGACUAACUGCCUUGUUUUUUGCCAUGGCAUGAAUUCCUCUCUAUUGUGUUGGCUUUAAUUCGGUGUCCCAUUUUUUUAUAGCAUAUGUGUUCUACUGUUGCCUCGUACUGUUUUUUUUUUAUGUAAUGUGGGUUGCAAAAUCUUCAUAAUCAUUUCAUUUUGUUGACUUUCAGCAGCCCAAUCUCUUCCCACCACCGCAGUACAUAUUUGAAAUAUUCAUCCCCCAGGAUUCCCAAUCUCUAAUUUCAUAUUACCUAUAUUCUACUCUUCACUCUCUUCCGGCAUCUCUUCACUAGUGGUCCAUCUCUAGCUCCUGUUCUUACUUAAACACACAAUGCAAAAUGUUUGAAAGUGAGACCCACAUAAGAGAAAACAUGAUGGUUGAAUUUGGGGACUUAGGUAAUUGUAUUCAUGGUAAUUUCCAGUUGCCUACAUUUACAUCUUGAUUUUACACUUACAUUUUUAUUUACACCUGAGUGAUAUACCAGGUUAUAUUGAUAUGCAUCACAUUUUCAUUUACUAAUAUUUCAGUUUAUGGUAAUCUAGGUUGAUAUCACUUCCUAUGAAUAAAGCAGUAUUGGAUGUGAUGGGCAGUUGCUCAUUGGAAAGGAUGUAAAGUCUUUGGAAUUCAUGCCCAGGAUAAUUGUUGUGUCUGAGUUUUCUCUGAGAUUAAAUUGUUCCAUCUAGGUGGAAUCUUCUUAAAAUAUAGAGUGUUAAAAGAGAGGUAAAGGAACAGAAUGCUAUAAUGGGAGGUGUUCAUUCCAUCCGAGAAGUUCCAAAAGCUUAGAAAUCGACAAAAUAGCUUUAGAAAGUAACAGAAACUGGCAAGCUGCUCAAGUACCCUCUUGCCUCAGGCAUAUAUAACCAGUAAGGACUUGUCACUGUCAGAAAAGCUGAGCUGCAUAGAAGAUGCUCAGACCAGCCAUCAGGCAGCCACCAGUCAAACUGUCUGGACUAGACAAGACAAGCUUCCUGGAGGAUGUAG